AUGAUAAGAUUAUUACCAAGCACUCUUUCUAUCCUGGUGAUAGCAGAAUGUUCUAGGAAAUUUUGCCAAUGUCUUCAAGCCCUGGUGAACUGCAUUGAUUGGGUCGAGGGUCAAAAAAUCUCUUGCACUGAUCAAAUUCUCACUGCUCUGUCUGUUUCCAGAAUUGUUUUGCUCUGGGUGAUAUUAUUAAACUGGUAUGCAACUAUGUAUUAUCCAGCCUUCUAUUGUUCAGUAGUAAGUACUUUUGCUUAUAUUGUCUGGAUAGUAAACAACCAUUUUAGUGUCUGGCUGGCUACUAGCCUCAGCAUACUUUAUUUGCUCAAGAUAGCCAAUUUCUCCAGCCUUUUCUUUCUUCACUUAAAAUGGAAAGCUGAAAGAGUGGUUCUCAUGAUACUGUUUGGCUCUUUGGGCUUCUUGGUUUGUCAUCUUGCCAUUGUGAGUAUAGAUGAUAAAAUGCAGAUGCAUGCAUGUGAAAGAAACGCCACUUGGGGGACCAACUUGAGGGACAUCGUACACCUCUCAGAUAAUACUGCAUUCACGAUUGUACAUGUCAUACCAUUUACCAUGUCUGUCACAACUUUACUGCUGUUACUCUUUUCCCUGUGGAAACAUCUCAAGAAGAUGCAGCUCAGUGGCAAAAGAUCCCGAGAUGCCAGCACCAAGGUCCACGUAAGAGCCAUGCAAACUGUGAUCUCCUUCCCCUUGGUAUUUUUUAUUUACUGCCUUGUUCAAAUCACCUCAAAGUGGAAUUCUAAUUCUCUGCUGAACAAUUCAGUUGACAUGUUUUGUCAGGUUCUUGGAUUCCUAUAUUUUUCAAGCCACUCAUUUAUCCUGAUUUGGGGGAAUAAGAAGCUAAGACUGGCCCUUCUGUCAUUACUGUUGCAGCUGAGGUGCUGGCUGAAAGAGAAAAAGUGA